GCUGCCGUUGUCCUGCGGGCCGUGGGCCCGGCACACUGGGGCUUUGUCCGGCUCCCCGCCACGACCCACGGGGGCGGGGCACAUGACCAAGGGGUAGGCGGAGCCUGCGGCGGUGGAGGCGGCGGCGGCGGCUCCAUCAUCUCGCUGCCCGGCCGGGGGUCGGCGGGCAGUGGUGGCUGCACUGGGCUGGCCAGGCCCGCAAACGCUGGGUCCCCGGUUCCCCGCCAGGCUGCAGGCUCCAGGCCUGGGCUCCCAGGGUAUCUGCGACCCGAGCGCUCUCCAGGCUGCGAUCAGGGGGUGCGCCCAGCUCCCCGGGCCCGAGAUCAUGGGGAAUGGCAUGACCAAGGUUCUUCCUGGACUCUACCUCGGAAACUUCAUUGUCCCCAGAUUCCUAGAAGUAGAAUGACUGGGCCAAAGGAUGUGCUGGGAAGGGUGCUUGGCAUGGAAAGAACACCAUGAGCAAAGCCAAGAGAUGCUGGGAGGCAUCUUGUGGGUACCCUGGAGAUGCCAAAGACCCGGAUCAGCUGGGACGGAAUAAGAUCACUCACAUCAUCUCUAUUCAUGAGUCACCCCAGCCUCUGCUGCAGGAUAUCACCUACCUUCGCAUCCCAGUGGCCGAUACCCCUGAGGUACUCAUCAAAAAGCACUUUAGAGAAUGCAUCAACUUCAUCCACUGCUGCCGCCUCAACGGAGGGAACUGCCUUGUGCACUGCUUUGCAGGCAUCUCCCGCAGCACCACCAUUGUGACAGCCUAUGUGAUGACAGUGACGGGGCUAGGCUGGCGAGAAGUGCUUGAAGCCAUCAAGGCCACCCGACCCAUCGCCAACCCCAACCCAGGCUUUAGGCAGCAGCUUGAAGAGUUUGGCUGGGGGAGCUCCCGGAAGCUUCGCCGGCAACUGGAGGAGCGCUUCGGGGAGAGCCCAUUUCGUGAUGAGGAAGACGUGCGUGCGCUGCUGCCGCUGUGCAAACGCUGUCGCCAGGGUUCAGCGACCUCGGCCGCCUCAGCCCCGCACUCAACCGCCUCAGAGGGGACCUUGCAGCGCCUGGUGCCACGCGCACCACGGGACACCCACCGGCCAUUGCCGCUGCUUGCACGUGUGAAGCAGACUUUCUCCUGCCUCCCGCGGUGUCUAUCCCGCAAGGGUGGCAAGUGAGGCCCCUUUCUAUCGGUGGCCCCUCUUUGGGCCUCCCCAACCAGGACAAGCUUGAGGGUGAGGGAGCCCCCUGUGGCCUGUCCCCUCGCCUACCCCCUGCUUGUCGCAUUUGUAGUGUGCCGCCCUCCGUGCCCUCCGUGCGUCUGUGGUCUGUGUCUGGUUGGCCUGCUGCAGCCACUUGGUGCCUUAGUCCCUGGGCUGGGGAAGGCCCAAUCUCCACCCUGU